AUGGGUGUUCCUCCAACUAUAGAAGAACUAAAAAGGGAAAAAAUUAUACCUCAUGUUUUCCCGAACGAAAAUGUAAACUUAACUAUAGACAUGUUCAUAUCUUUUAAAGCGGGAAAAGAAGUUAAUCAUGGUAAUAUAUUAGAUUUGUCUGGGACAGGAAGUGUUCCCAGAAAUAUAAAAUUUUCAGAAGCACCCCCAGAUAAUUAUUGUUAUAUUUUAUUUAUGAUUGACCCUGACUUUCCUUCACGAAGAAGACCCGAUGGAAAGGAUUAUGUACAUUGGGUUGUGUCUGGAAUUAAAUCAAAGGAAUUAAUAAAAGGAACAGAUAAGGGUUGUGUUACCUUAUUGCCAUAUAUAGGUCCAUCUAUUAAAAAGGGAACAGGAUUGCAUCGAAUUUCUUUUAUCCUUUCAUUAAUAAAAGAAGAGAACAAGAGUAACAUUUCUGGAGUACCCAUUUAUCGAGGUGAACAUGAUAUUACUAGAGUCAAAUUUAACAAUUGUCAGUCUGCUUUUAAUGUUAUAGAGAUGAAUGAUAUGAAAGUUGUCGGCUUCAACUGGUGCCAGAUAGAGGCAUAG